AUGGCUUUAAAUUUUUCACAUAGACACUUUUCUGAGGAGAACAAGGUUUUACCUAUGAAGAAGAUAGGUAAUGGUUAUCGAGUUGAUGGAAUCUCUGAGAGGAAUGGUGAUUAUUUUUCACAGCCUUGGUGUUCAAGUAUCGAAAAAGGCGAUUGCUUUGAUUGUGGAAGGAGUACGGGAGAUUCGGGUUCGGUUGAUAUACUCGAUAUCUUACCGUCUGAUCCGUUUGGUAUGGAUAUCAACAAUACUUUCACUGCCAUUACUGGAUGGCUUGAGGAUUUGGAAGUGGAUUAUAACCAAUAUGGAAGAGAUGAGAUUGUGAUUGGUGAUGGGAACCAGCAGCUUUUUGCUGGAUUGAGUUUCAUUUGGAACAAUGCAAUGCGGUUUCAGGAGUUUCCAGAGAGUAGUAAUGGAUUUGAGUCGUUGUACGGGUUUGGUGGAGCGUUUGAUGGUCAUGGUGCCUUUGUAUCUACUAGCAGUGUGGAUGAGGUGUUGAGCCUCAAGGAUACGAGGAAUGGUGGUGAAGUUGAAGGACGCAGUGAUCGCUGCGCCAAUGAAGGAGAUAAUGCAAACGUUCAUCCAGCAUUUGGCUUUUGUCUCUAUCACUUGGGAGUGAAAGAUCUUCUUUCAGUUAGUAUGGUUUGCAAGUCUCUGCAUACUACUGUCCGUGAUGACUCGUUAUUGUGGAAGCAUAUCCACAUUUGUCAGCCGUUGAAUGAGAAGAUUACUGACGAGGCUCUACUGCAUUUAACUGAGAAGGCGCAGGGCACUAUGCAGUGUUUAAGGCUCGUAGAUUGCUCGAGAAUUACAGAUGAUGGUCUUAGGCGGGUGUUGGAGCGUAACCCACAAGUAGUCAAGCUUAGCGUGCCUGGAUGCACAAGGAUCACUAUCGACGGUGUUUUGAGCAUCUUGAGGGAUCUGAAAUCAGCGGGAAAGCUGCAAGUGAAACAUUUAGGAAUCGGUGGCCUCUUUGGAGUGACUAAAGAUUACUUUGAUGAAUUGUUUGAGUUGUUGAACAUAGACAUUGGUGUCGAGCAGACUCUUCAGAAGCCACGUUUUUACCACAGAGGAGACUCGUGUGUGUCCUGUGAUGAUGACCGGGUGCUAGAUAUUGAGAUGUGCCCAAAAUGUCAGAAUUCCAGGCUUGUUUAUGACUGUCCAGCAGAAGAUUGUAAAGGGAAGAAGGAGGAAGGUUCUGAGGAAUGUCGUGCUUGCUCUCUUUGCAUACAGAGGUGUUUUCAAUGUGGUCGGUGCAUCAAUGACAGCGAAUACGAAGAGACCUUUUGUCUGGAGUUUCUGUGUUCUGAUUGUUCGAAGCCGACCCCUAAGUUGACUCCUUAG